AUGUACUGGGCGAGGCAGCCCCUUCGGCGGCCGACGUCGAAUUCCAGUCAGAUAGAGGAUGCAAUGGCAUUCAGGGUUGAAGGCUUAACGAUGUUGGGCAAAAAGUUAUGUAAGACGACGAGAUAUAAGGCAAAGUUGCAGUCGACGGUGAAGAAGGUUGAUUUUUCGAGGUAUCGAGCUGAAGGAGGACGACAAGAAGCCAUUUGUGGAGCUCGAGCUAAUGUGGAGGCUAAAGGAGGUAGCAAGUGCACAACGAAAAGACAAGUGAACAUACGCCUUGACUGGUGA